CAUAGUAAAUGGAGAGGUUCCCAUCUAUGGAGUGUGUUCUCAUAUUGUUGUCUUUAUUGCAGUGUUUGAGAUUUGGUCCUGCUGCGGUAGCUAAUGCUGGGAAUGGCGAUGGCGUGCAGCCAUUGUCCAAGAUUGCCAUACACAAGGCAGUCUAUGCACUUCAUGGAAAUGCUUCUGUCAGAGCAAACCCAAUUGUUCUUGGGACAAAGGGGGGAGAUUCUGAUUGGGUAACUGUGGAAGUUGAAUGCCCUAAACCUUCUGAUGAUGAUUGGAUUGCAGUUUUUUCUCCUGCAAACUUCAACUCGUCUACCUGUCCACCUAGUGGGGACAUGGAAGAGUCUCCACAUGUAUGCUCAGCCCCAAUAAAGUACAAAUAUGCUAAUGAUUCCAACGCUGAAUACAACAAGACUGGCAGAGCUUCUUUGAAGUUUCAGUUGAUCAAUCAGCGGGAAGAUUUUUCUUUUGCAUUAUUUUCGGGCGGGUUAUCAGACCCAAAACUGGUGGCAGUUUCAAAUGUCAUAAGUUUUGCUAACCCAAAGGCACCCCUUUAUCCACGUCUUUCUCAAGGGAAGUCUUGGAAUGAAAUGACAGUGACCUGGACAAGUGGCUAUAACAUUAUUGAAGCUGUACCUUUUGUUGAGUGGGGUCUCAAAGGAGAAUCUCAAACCCGGUCACCAGCUGGAACACUGACAUUCCAUCAGAACAGCAUGUGUGGUCCACCAGCCCGAACAGUUGGUUGGCGUGAUCCUGGUUUUAUCCAUACCAGUUUCUUAAAGGAUUUGUGGCCGAACUCAGUGUACACUUACAAGCUUGGUCAUAAGUUACUAAAUGGUUCUUAUGUGUGGAGCAAGAGCUACUCUUUCAAGUCAUCACCUUAUCCAGGGCAGGACUCAUUGCAGCGAGUUGUAAUAUUUGGAGACAUGGGAAAGGCAGAGCGAGAUGGUUCAAAUGAGUACAGUAAUUAUCAGCCAGGCUCACUUAACACCACAGAUCAACUAAUCAAGGACUUGAAAAAUAUUGACAUAGUCUUUCAUAUAGGAGAUAUUACAUAUUCAAAUGGAUACAUAUCACAGUGGGACCAGUUCACAUCACAGGUGGAGCCCAUUGCAUCGACUGUGCCAUAUAUGAUUGCAAGUGGCAAUCAUGAACGCGACGCACCCAACUCAGGGUCCUUCUACGAUGGGAAUGAUUCUGGUGGUGAAUGUGGUGUGGUAGCUGAGACCAUGUUUUAUGUUCCUGCUGAGAACAGAGCUAAGUUUUGGUAUUCAACGGACUAUGGCAUGUUCCACUUCUGUAUAGCUGACAGUGAACAUGAUUGGAGGGAGGGCUCUGAGCAGUACAAGUUCAUCGAGAAGUGCCUAGCAUCAGCAGACCGGCAGAAGCAGCCCUGGUUGAUCUUCGUUGCUCAUCGUGUUCUUGGUUAUUCCUCUAGCUAUUGGCGGAGUGGCUCAUUCGGGGAGCCUAUGGGAAGAGAAAGCUUGCAGGGGCUUUGGCAGAAGUACAAAGUGGAUAUUGCGUUUUUUGGACAUAUCCAUAACUAUGAACGAACGUGCCCAGUUUACCAGGAUCAGUGCGUGAAUACGGAAAAAUCUCACUAUUCAGGCGCUGUAAAUGGGACAAUUCACAUCGUCGUUGGUGGGGGCGGCAGCCAUUUAUCAGGUUUUGGUCCUAUCCAGACCUCUUGGAGUCUCUACAAAGAUUCAGAUUUUGGUUUCGUAAAGCUGACAGCAUUCAACCACUCAUCUCUCCUCCUUGAGUACAAGAAGAGCAGUGAUGGCAAGGUCUAUGAUUCAUUCACCAUUUCCAGGGAGUACCGAGAUGUCUUAGCCUGUGUACAUGAUGGCUGCGAACCAACCACUUUGGGUUCUUGAAAACCGUUAUCCCACUAUUAUCUUCUUUGAUUACAGCAAACAAUUGCCAUAACUGGUUUCAAUAAUUGAUAUAUAUAUAUAUAUAUAUAUAUAUAUAUAGACACACACACACACUACUAUUUUUCUUGUUUAGCUAAAAUGGUCGGUCCCUUGGGUUUCUCGUGGCAUUAUUGUACGCAAGAGGUCAACUUUGAAUCCAGUCGAUCUCUUGGCAAAAAAUGGUUCAAGCAGACA